CGCACUUCUAAGGAAACCUGGCUACCUGUCAAUGUGGGCACCUGUGGUUUCAGUAAACCUGUCAGUGUGAGCACACAGGAGGUUUGAGGAUUUCAUGCACUGGCUCAUUAGAAGAUGCAAAAAAGGUCGUCUAAGACUGCGACCCUGGCUUGAGAAGCAGAUACAGUCAGGGAAAUACACAGGUCUCACCUGGCUUGAUGAGACAGCUCAAGUUUUCCAGAUUCCUUGGAAGCAUGCGGCUCGACAUGGUUGGAAUAUAGACAAGGACGCCACUUUGUUCCAAAACUGGGCAAUGCACACAGGCAGAUACAAACCUGGGAUAGACAAGCCUGAUCCUAAGACAUGGAAAGCCAACUUCCGAUGUGCCCUGAACACUCUACCCGAUGUGAAAGAGCUACAGGGCAAGAGCAUCAAGAAGGGCAGUAAUGCCUCCAGGGUUUACAUGAUGCUGCCUGUUGUUAAACGUACUGAACAAAGAAAAGGACCACAGAAGUCAGACGUUGAUAUAAAACAGAGUCCGAUCUCCCUCUCAGAAAAUGAGGCAUGUACUUGUGUUCCACUGGAUGGGUUUGCAGAGGUUUUCCUGAAGUACAGAGGUGGACAGACCAGUCACAACCCGGCUAUGUUUCAUGUCGAGGACAACUACCCUCCCAACAACAACAACGAGGAAAGAUCACCAGAACAGCCCUACUCUCACCAGUCUUCCUUCACACCUGAAGCGCAAAAAAACUCUGAUGCUGAUGACAAUGAGCAAGCAGAGGCAAUAUUCAAGAUAGUUAAUCACCUAAAACACUUGGAGCACUGGAGCCAGUCUAAUGACAACAGAAGCUGGAGGGCAGCACACCCCAGCUGGGUGGACAGUUACUGUGAGGAUAUGGAUUACUUGGGGUAUCCCGUGGACACUAACUCCUACACAUACAGUGCACAGCAAAUACCAUUUCUAUAAGACGAGUGGGAGCAACAUGCAUCAAACAGAAUGCCAAGAUAAAAAUCAAUGAAAAAGGAGGAUAUACAGUGGGGCAAAAAAGUCUUUAGUCAGCCACCAAUUGCACAAGUUCUCCCACUUAAAAAGAUGAGAGGCCUGUAAUUUUCAUCAUAGGUACACUUCAACUAUGACAGACAAAAUGAGAAUUUUUUUUCUCCAGAAAAUCACAUUGUAGGAUUUUUUUUAUGAAUUUAUUUGCAAAUUAUGGUGG